CGGGGCAGCCGUGCGCGCCGUCCGGGCAGUUGGCGGGUGGUCGGUCUGUUGGUCGGCGCUAACGAGGGUGAGGUCCCCGGUAGUUCGCGCUUCUGCCGCAGCUCCUCUGGACCUAAGCUGGUGGAAUUCACCCCAAAAAAGAGCCCCUGCCCUGCCGCAUUGUUGCAGCCGAGCCAGCAGCCUGGAAGACGCAAAAAAACUUUGCUAUACGCAGGGAUGGAUUUCACGGAAGCCUAUUCCGAUCGAUGUUCCGCCGUGGGGCUUGCAGCCAGAGAAGGAAAUGUUAAAAUGCUGAAGAAACUACUCAAGCAGGGAUACAGCAUCGAUGUUCCAGAUAACAGGGGGUGGGUGCCGAUCCAUGAAGCAGCAGCUCACAAUUCAAGUGAAUGUCUGAGGCUGCUAGUUCAUGCAGCUCCCUCUGAAGACUACAUAAAUUCAAAGACGUUUGAAGGAAUGUGCGCGCUGCACCUUUCAGCACGCCACGGGUCUUUGGAAAGUGUUCGUGCUCUUUUGGAAGCUGGAGCUGACCCCAACAAAGUUACCACUGAAGCAACUACCCCACUGUUCCUAGCUGUUGAAAAUGGACAUGUAGACGUUGUAAAGUUUCUGCUCCAACACGGAGCAAAUGUUAAAGGACCUCAUUCUUGGUCUGGAUGGAAUUCUUUGCACCAAGCUUCUUUUCAGGGAUGCACUGAGAUAAUGAAAAUACUCCUGGAGAAAGGGGCAAGCAAGGAAUGUAAGGAUGACUUUGGAAUUACGCCUUUGUUUGUUGCUGCUCAGUAUGGAAAGCUGGAGAGUUUAAGGCUGCUUGUAUCCCAUGGUGCAGCCAUAAACUGUCAAGCGAAGGACAGAGCCACUCCCCUGCUGAUUGCUGCACAGGAGGGCCACGCCGAAUGCGUGGCACUGCUGUUAUCCAAAGGUGCAGAUCCAAAUCUCUACUGCAACGAGGAUAACUGGCAGUUACCUAUUCAUGCAGCAGCUGAAAUGGGCCAUACAAAGAUAUUGGAGUUGCUAAUACCAAUUACUGAUCGGAUUUGUGAUAGAGGCAAAGGCAAAGUGAGCCCUGUGUACUCAGCAGUAUAUGGUGGUAACAAAGAAUGUUUGGAAAUGUUACUUAAGGAAGGCUACAGUCCAGAUGCUCAAGAGUGUCUUAACUUCAACUGCAGAUCACCCAUGUGUAUGGUCUUCCAAAAAGAGUGGUUUUAUUUAAUUGAUGUUUUCCUGAAAUACGGCAUCACCUUACUUGGGAUUAAUUUGGGAUAUUGCCUGUUCCAUGAAAAGUUUACUUUUUUCCAACGCUUCUUGAAGCUGGGCUGUUUGCUGCCUUCUGGGGACGAGUUAUCGGAGUUCAUCAGCUACACAAUUAAAGCGCACGAGGAGUACAAGGAAUGGCUGCCUUAUCUGCUCUUGGCCGGUUUUAAUCCAGUGAAUUUAAUGCGCAGAUUCUGGAUUUUCUCUGUGAGCGAGAAUGCCCUUAAUUUCAUCCUGGAGUUCACGAACUGGAAGACACUUCCUCCAGCUGUAGAGCAAGACCUUUCAGACUACAAAGAGAAGUUCGCUUGGACUCCCAAGAGCCAUUUUGCCUUCAUUCCUUCCCUGUCUCAUCUUUGUCGUCUUGAGAUCCGGUCCAUUUUAACGAGCAAAUGCCUACGAUCAGACUGGUUUAUCCGGGAAUUGCCAUUGCCAGCUUGUCUCCAGGACUACCUUCUCUACUUCGAUGUACUGCGAGCCAACGCUAUCCCAGAAGUGGAAGAUUAUCUGCGGCAGAGAGAGGAGGGAGCUCCCUCUACCAGCCACUCUGGCGCUGAAGACGCAGAUGGGAGGGACACCUGUAAUGCCAGUGCUACGUGAUGGCGUCGCCAGUGACUGAACUUUGUGGCUGCAGAUUUUGUAAUGGCAACGGAGAAGAACUACUGUAAAUAACUGUAGCAAUAAGUCUCUUCAUGCUGUAGUUUUAUACUAUGUCUAGAAGUUUGUUAGAAGUUCUAGGAUUUACUUGUUUAAAAAGUCUGUUGUAGCUUUCUAAGUCUGUGAACAUUUUCUGUUUUUUGAAAGGAAAUUUUUAACUCUUGCGGAGUAAAAUUAGCUUGUUCAGUGAACACAGCUUAUAUAGCGGUUGAAAUUUAUUUGGUCAGACACUGGUAAUAGGCUCUUUAUUCCAAGUACUGCAUAUACCAAAUUAAAUUAUCUGAAAGUCAAGGAACACAAUAUUGUAUUGUUAUGAAUUUAUGUGUUGGGGAGUGAUCUAGCUGAACCAGAGACAGGAAAAUAAUAUAAGAAAGGAAAUUGUUUGCUGAAGGAACAAUGAUUUUCUUUUUUUUUUUUUUUUUCCUUGGCUGUCUAUAUUUGGUGGAACGUCAGAGUGGGAGGCUGGCUUGGAGCCUGCACCCAGUCCAUCUCCUUGCGUAGCCCAUGGGCAAGGCACAAAAUGUCCCCAACAAGCACAGAGACACGCCGCUGCCAUGCGAAAACCUCUCCUUCAAUGAAGUGAAAAAGCAACCGCCAUCCCCACGGGGCGGGUGACAGGGCCACAGGGCAGGGACACCUUGAUGGAAGAAAGCUGCAUCCCUCGCGCUGGGAAAGCCCUCAUCCUGCAGAGGUGAAGCUGGUGCUGCCGGGCUCACUGGUAGUAAAUGCUGAAGGCAUGGAGGAUGUACAGGAAGGUCGUGAUGAAGGCAAAGAACUGCACGAGAGGAAGAAAAGCAAAAGCGGGGGUCAGCUGGGAGAGUCUAACUCCACCUCCUCUCAGUGGUCUCGACCUGGGGAAACCCCCCAGCCCAAACCUCUCUCCAGCCUCAAAGGAGAGGCAAAGCCCCUCAUGUUUCCCAGGAGGCAGCCACGCAAGGCUGUCCAUGAGUUGCUGGACCCCAAGAAGCCCACACUGGCUGCACGCUGCAACAGAAAUGAGGAACUGAAGCUCUGGCCAGUGUGACGCUGCUCGGCUUGGGAUGGCUCUGCUGUGGCUUUAAUAUUUGCUCUUGCAUCUCCCCAAGGGGAGUCGUGGGUACUCCAGCCUGCCUGGGGUUUUCUAGACCAACUCACCGAUGCGGCGCAGUUGAGCUGGUAGUGAAGCGGCGAGUUGGAACCGAACUCAGAGCGGAUGGUCGCAUUGGCUUGCAAGACAGCAGCACUCAUGUACAGAAUGGCUGUGGCGCCGUGGUACAAACUGUCCUGCAAAACAAGGGAGUGGCGAGGAUCAAAGCCUGCCCAGGACUGUCCUCCUCUGAUUCACCCUGAAGACGAGGUCUAUCCUCUGCACAUGAGAGCGCUCGAAUGGGACACACACCCAGGGGCUGCGACCAAACCCUUGUACUACACUGAACCCUCCCCUGUGCCCACGCGGCACCCGUGGCAUAGCACAGCUUCCCUUGGCAUUUCCAAUCAAGGAAAAAGAGGAAAGGGCUGGUUGUUUGUGGAAGUGCCAGCAGCUGGCCAGCUAACCCGUCACCAGCCACAGUGGCCUUGUGCCCACACUGCUGCUGCCAACAAUCUGCUGGUGUUCCAGCGCCUCCUUACCAGCACUUUCCAGUUCUCGCUGUUUUUGUGAAAGCCAAAGAGGUAGCUGAGGAGGAGCAGCAGGGAGAUGAGGCAGGAGCUGAGGGACACGUACAUCACCCAUCCCUGCAGCAAUGGGAAGGAGACGGAGGUAGCAGCAACGAGGAUCCACACCCAGGUCCCGCAGAGCUGCCAGGGACAAACACAAGUGGUUCUGAUGAGUGUGGGAUGGGAAAAGCCCCUUCUUCUCCCCAAGUCCUUCCUCACCUCCCUCCCAGGUCGGCCCCAGCAGCUGUGGGAAGCCCUGCAUCUUCGGGCAGCACAGAUCAGCCUCCCGGAGCAUCCCAGCAUGACAGCAGCCCCGCAAGGUGGCAUGAGUUUCCCCAAACAUUCUUGGGAAAUACUUCAAAACAUUUCUUACAAAAGGGAAAGGUUUGCUCCUGUGUUUGAUGCAAGGAAACCUCUCACCCUGAGGGCUUUGGCUGAGAAGCCAGAAAAUGUGCUUUUAUCUGGGAAAGAUGAAGGGCUGCAUCGGCCCAGCCCUGCCUGCUCAUUAAUCUCCUGGGCUUGAAAUCACAGCACAAGGAAGUCUCCUCCUCACUCCAUGCACCAGCCCAGAGUGAGUCACUCGCUCUGGAUCCACCUAAAAUUAUUUACUGUGCAAAAAUAGCAUGCGGGAUUAUCUGGAUAAGCUCACGCUGGCCUGUGCCAUUCCAGUUUGGGUGGCUGAAACUUCCCCAGAUUUGCAGUGGGGAGCUGAACCCCCCUGGCACAGGCAGCUGACGGCAAAGCCCAGCCACACCAGAGGCGGCUGUGGGUGGUGUGGGUCAUCAGCGUGGUGUGAUGUGUCAAAGUACACCAGCUGCUGGUUAUCUCAGCCAGUACCACCGAAUGCCCUCUGGACCCAUAAGCAAUUGAAAGAUUGAUGGAAUGUCACACAUUGCAAGACGCCCAAUUGCCUUCAAGCCCUUGGAAAGACUUAAUACAGAGAAUGAAAUUCCCUUGAUUUUCAAGCAAUUUCUAUGCGAUAAUUAGAGCUGCUUCUGCCCCGGAGGCACCAGCAGCUCUUCAGCCUCACCCAGCCCUACAGCAGCCGGCAACCCUCGCAUGGACUCUGGAAUGGAGCUGGAGUGUAUCUUGUCCUCAAGCUGUUCCAAAAAAACACAUCAUGAAGAACCACCCAUUCAGUAUAAGCUGUAAGAAAGGACGUUAUUUCCCAUUAACGCUGCCUUCAGGAUCGUUUUGGGGGCUGGUCCCUGAAUUUUAGAUUCACUAGAGCCGUUAGUGGAGUGCUGUAACGCAGCAAAGCUCAGCAUACUCACUAUCUCCGGUAGGAUGAAGGCGUAGGGGAUGGUUUUGAAAACGGUGGGUCCGGAGGGCAAGGCGGGCUGUGUGGAGGCCGCAGGGGGACAUGCAGAGGCCAUCUCUUCUCAGCUGAUGCUGUGACCGCUCCAGUUCAGCUCCGCUCACGUUUGUCUGCACCACACCGCUCCCGUGCGGGGUUUUAACCGACACACCCGCAGGGACGUAAUCACAGAAACCAGCCCAGGCUGGCACCACGCCGCUUCCUCCGGCUGAAGGAGCCCUCAGCAGCCCUCCGGUUAUUGUGGCUGGCGUCACACGCCCUGCCGCCAGCACCGGGAUGGGAGAGCAACGGGACCCCAGCCCCGCCACCAGCAUACAAUCAAUUCAAGGUCUUUAACGAGAGGGGAAAGACAAAAAAAUCUACACCACGCCCGGGCAGAAAUGUUUCCUGCAAUCAAUUUUUGUCCUUGGCAUUCUUUCAAGCCUGAAAUAUUUUUGCUUACACUGUUGUUGCCUCCUCCCCUUUCUGUUCAGGUUUCUGCUAUGUGUUUACGUCAGACUCCCCCACAUCCACCGGACACAUUCAGCCUUCGAAAACUGGCAGCCAAACACUUUUUUACCAACACCUCAACCCACUGGUAAAAGACAGGAGGGUUUGCCAGCGUGCUCUUAAGUGCCCAGAAAGGUCUGAAGGACAGCUACCGGGACAGCUUUGACUUCUGCCUCCUGGCAGAUGCGUUUUGGGUUCGACAGGCACGUGCUGUUUUUUCCAGAGGACUCUGCCUCACCUCAUAACUCACCAGUUACUGGUGAGCUGAGAGGCUGAAGGUGGCAUCUCUGCCUCAUGGCCUAGAGAGGAUGGAAUGACUCCACUAACUCAGGCAAUACUCUGCAACAGGAGGACGAUAUACUAGUAAGAUACUAUAUCUCUGUUAGGAGCGCCAAGUGAUUCCUUAGGAAUUUGGCUUCUACGCCAAGCUCUUGUGCAAUACAGAGCAAAGAUCAAAUCCAUGAUGUUUCUUAUUGUCUGAGCCCCUCCUAGGCCAGGGGGAAGUGCUUUGUGGCAUUUCUGAAGGCUCCAGUUUACAAAUGCUGUCAGUGGCAGCUGGCUUUAGGCUCCAUGCAGUGUGCUGUGGUCUUUGAAAGAUCUUGUUUUAAAACAUUUCAAGCCAGGCACUAGUUUUGUCUGGUGUGGACUUAAAUCCAUGUGUGACUCGCUGCCCACCUACCCGGUAGGUAGACUCCAGCAGAAAAGAGAAGUUGGAUUAAUAACUUUCCCCUGGGAGGAGGCAGCACGUACAGCCUCGGGGAAGAGAAGCCUUCACCGUCCUGGUCCACCCAAGGAACACCCUGCAGCUCAUCAGCCUGCCCUAGAAAGCCAGCACAAAGGGAGCUACUGUACAGCUCAGCCACACACACGCACAGGGGAAACGCAGCGUGCCCAGCAUUGUCACCAGCUUUUUUUUUUUUAUUAGGUGGGUCAGGCACAUUCCUGUGAAUAACCCAACCUUUUCCUGAGUGGGAAGGAAAAACAGUAAAACAGUCUAAAUACAACCUGCUGUCCACUGAUUGGACAAGAGAUGUGGGGUUUUUUCCUAACCUGGCUGACCUUGCUCAGCAGCAUUCUUCAAGAUCAUCGCUUUUUCCUUGCCUCUUACCAGUCUGCUGGGGUACUGUGACAAAGAGUCUUUUGUUCAGCCUGAUUAAAACAAAACUGGAAAUUAAUCGGAAGUUGCAUGAGAGGAGAAGAGUGCUGCCUCAGCAUUUGCUCAGCUUAGGCAAAAUAUGACACUUGACGUAGCUACAACAGGUACAUGUAGGAACAGACAACCAUAGCCCUUGUCUAACAUUGCAAAGGGGAAGAUUUAAAAUACAAUUUCCAUUAGUUAAAUGGAUAAAAUAAUUUUUAGUCUCUCAAAAUGUUAAAUAUGUUAAAAUAUUCAUUACAAUUGACAUAGUACA